GCACAAUUGUUCAUUCAAAUCAUUCGAUAAUAAGACUAAUUGUAGACGAAUCUACUUACAAAUUUUAUGAAAUAACGCAAUUCUCACCCAACAGAUGGCGCUGUAAAAUUCUCAAAAAGUUGUUUUCGAAAGAAUUGAUAAAGCCCACUGCACUAAUUAUAUACGAGGAUUAGUAUGCUUGAGAGUUAGGAAUUCCAAAUGGGAGAUAACAGUAUUUAGGCGGUUUUCGGAGAGAGAGGAAUCGAUUUGUGCAGUGCAAACAAAAAUGGCUUCUAUCAGUGAACAGGUUCCGAUUGUAGCCCUGCCGAAGGACGAUCGCGCGGAAGCCACCGCUCGGGAAUUCCUGGACGCGUUCCAGAAAAAACCGGAUUUUUUCGUCAGAGUACCCGGAAGGGUAAACUUGAUAGGAGAACACAUCGAUUAUUGCGGAUACUCCGUUUGUCCCAUGGCCCUCAAGCAAGACGUCCUUCUGGCGGUCUCCGUGGAAAACGAUAAGAAGCUACAACUGCGCAAUUUCGAUAAGAAAUUCAGCGAUUUUCAAUGCGACCUGCCGAAUUUCGAGGUCCGUUCGGGUGAGGGCGCCCCGCAAUGGUACCAGUACUUCCUGUGCGGCGUGAAGGGCAUCCUGGACGUUCUACCGGUCGACAGGACCGCGAAAGGGAUGAAAAUCUUGGUGAACGGGAACGUCCCCCAAAGCGCCGGCCUCUCCAGCAGCAGCGCUUUGGUCAGCGCCGCCGCCUUGGCUUCGGCCUACGCCCACGGGUUAUCGAUGUCUAAAGAGAAACUGGCCAAUAUUUGCGCAGAAUGCGAGAAAUAUAUCGGUACCCAAGGGGGCGGUAUGGAUCAAGCCAUCGCUUUUCUGGCCACUGAGGGUUGCGCCAAACACAUCCAAUUUUCACCGUUGAGAUCCGAAGAUAUCGCUUUACCUGCCGAUGCUGUUUUCGUUAUAGCCCACAGUCUGGUCAAUUUAAAUAAAGCCGCAACUGCCGAUUUUAAUUGCCGAGUGAUUGAAUGCCGGUUAGCCGCACAGUUAAUUGCAGUUUUCUUACACCAGCUGAUGGCGAUGAAACGGGGCGUCGAAUGGAGGACAAUCAGGAAAUUAUCCGACGUCCAGGCGGCCCUUUCUCUCGACCUCAAAGCCAUGAUUUCCUUCGCCGAGUCCGCCCUGCACGAGCGGCCCUACACCAAGGAGGAAAUCACCAGCGAACUGGCCACCACCGUCGACGAACUAGCCCUCGUAUCGCUCACCCCCAACACCGAGCACAUCGUGACCUUCAAGCUCCGCCAGAGGGCCCUGCACGUUUUCCAAGAAGCCCUGAGGGUGGAGGAGUUCCUGAGGGCGUGCUCGGCGCCCCACGGGGAGGCGACCCCCUCGAUCCUGGGGGGUUUGAUGAGCGAGAGCCACAGGAGCUUGAGGGAUCUGUACGAGUGCAGCGCGCCCGAGUUGGAUAGGUUGGUGGAGAUGUCGAAGGGGUACGCGCUGGGCGCCAGGCUGACGGGGGCGGGUUGGGGCGGUUGUGCGGUGGCCCUCGUGCCGCCCCAUAAUGUGGAUGGUUACAUGGAGUUCCUGAAGAAGAAUUUCUACGGGGAAGUGGAGGAUGUGGAGGCGCUGUUGUUCAGUACAGCGCCGAGAGGGGGCGCUUGCGUUUACGUUUGACAGUAUUAUGAUGUUGGGGGUGGUUUUUUUUUUAAUUGUUAAGGGUGAAUAAUUUUUUUUUGUGAAUA